AUGGCGUCCAAUGAGGUUGCCGACCCUAUCGCAAAGGGAAUAAUUCCCGCCGCUCGUCAGUCUUUCAAAGAUCUGUUUAUCUGGAAACAGCGUGUCGAGGUGACGAACGAGUAUGGAGAGACGUCUCAUACAGAGUGGCAAGCCCCAGAGCCAAUCAAAAAUCCGUUUAGCUUGAUGGCCCAGCUAUCUGCUCGAGACUGGGUCUUCUUCCUUGUUGGUCUUGCGGCGUGGACAGCUGAUGCAUUUGAUUUCCACGCGCUAUCAAUCCAGACCAAGAAGCUCUCUGAUUACUACGGUCGCUCGAAGACAGACAUCACAACGGCUAUCACGCUGACUCUGUUAUUGAGAAGUGUCGGAGCGGCCUUCUUUGGAUUUGCUGGAGAUAAAUAUGGUCGCAAAUGGCCCAUGGUGCUGAACAUGAUCGUACUGGGUUUUCUUCAGAUUGCUACCAUCUACAGUCACACGUUCCAGCAGUUCCUGGCAGUCCGCAGUCUUUUUGGUCUGUUCAUGGGUGGAGUAUAUGGAAAUGCUAUUGCUAUGGCGUUGGAGCAUUGCCCUGUGAAUGCUAGAGGUCUCAUGUCCGGAAUUCUCCAGCAAGGAUACUCCCUUGGAUACGUGCUUGCAGCCUGUGCCAAUCUCGGAGUCGGCGGUGCUACUGAUAGUUGGAAGACGGUGUUCUGGGCUGCAGCGGGCAUCUCCAUCGGCGUCGGCAUUAUUCGAAUCUUCUUCCCGGAAUCGAAGCAAUUUCUCGAGGCCAAGAAAGCAGGGAAAAGAAACAUGAGCGCAGGUGAAUUCUGGAAGGAGACCCAAGUUAUGCUGGCCAAGGAGUGGAAGAUGUGCAUUUACUGCAUCAUUCUGAUGACCUGGUUCAACUACUACUCCCACACCUCACAAGACUCCUACACCACUUUCAUGCUCACACAAAAGCAACUCGAUAAUUCCGGUGCCUCGAGAGCAUCGAUUCUGAUGAAGACUGGCGCCUGUGUGGGUGGAACAAUCAUCGGUUAUCUAUCACAGUUUGUCGGACGUCGUCGGGCCAUCGUCGUUUCAGCCCUUAUUUCCGCAAUCCUCAUUCCAGCAUGGAUUAUGCCAACGGGAGAGCCGUCGCUCAGCGCCUCGGGCUUCUUUAUGCAAUUCUUCGUUCAAGGUGCAUGGGGUGUCAUCCCAAUCCAUCUAAACGAGCUUUCUCCACCUGCCUUCCGGUCUUCCUUCCCAGGUAUCACUUACCAAGUCGGUAACAUGAUCAGCUCUCCUUCAGCUCAGAUUGUCAAUGCCAUCGCCGAAUCUACCUGGGUCAAGACCCCAUCUGGUAAAAAGGCAUCUGCCUAUGGUCCUGUCAUGGGUGUUGCCACUGCCAUCAUUGCCAUCGGCAUUAUGGUCACCACUGCUUUUGGACCUGAGAAACGUGGUCGUCGGUUUGAACUUGUCGUUGCUGCUGUGGAUGAGCACCCGAGCACAAAGAACGCAGAUGUGGAAUUGGGCGAGGACCGCAAGGCAAAGGAUGAACAAAUUGAAUUGGCAGAUCAGAAGAAGUAG